UCAUUCAUCGCGCUCACCAGACGCAGUAAAGAGCUACUCUAAUCAGACAUUCCAACAGUGUUGUUUUCAUUGAUCGUUUCGCUGGAAGUGGUUCGCUGUGGCACGAGUUCCGAGAAUGCUCAUGUCGCGAUGAAAACAAUAACAUUUCGCUGUUUUGCAUACUGAAGAAGUCCGAGCGAUUAGUAGUAGUAGUGCAACAACUGUGUCUCAUCCAUUCACUAGCGUGGCAAACAAAUUUGGCGAAUAGUGACUAGCUGAAGGGCGAUGUAUCUUUCGUUAUGAGCUCCAGAAAUUUUAUGUUCAACGUGGAAGAAAGCAUUCGUAGCAAAAUCAGCUGGAAGGGUUUGUCACCGGAGCUGAGAAAUUCUUUGCAGGAUAAUGAGAGGUCUUAUGAGAAACUUGUUUUGGAGUAUAGCCUCAAAAACCAACUGCGUUAUCGGGGCAAUUUAGUACACACUACCUUCGGCCCUGAAAAGUUAUACUAUGAGAAACUGAUUGAGGAAAAUAUUCGGGCGUUGCACCUGUUUCCGUACCAUCUAGCGGACAUAGUGACGAAGGGUCUUCGGCUGACCCCUUUCAAUUAUUACGCAGAUAUGCUUGCGUUUUUGCUCAAGAACGACAAAAACUACGACUCGUUGCCCAAUUUUACCGCAGCGGACUGUUUACGAGUGGUCGGUAUUGGCCGUAAUGAGUACCUGACGAUAUCGAGCGAGCAAAAGACAAGCUCACCGAAGCUAUUCUUCAAACGCAAUCCAUACUUUCUGUUGCCAAAGUUCCCCCGGCGCAUCGCCAUUGAGCCCUGGUGGAAGGUGGAGGUUGGCUUCGUUUUAGACAGCGAUGUGCAACUGCUGGGGGCCGAGGAAAUCGCAGUAAUUGAUCGGCUGAUAGAUUAUGGAGCGCAAACGGCCGGGUCGUUGGAUUACGAGGUGGUUCACAGUUUGUAUCGACGUGGACUGAUCUAUCUCGAUGUGCCAAUCAGCGGGGAGGAUAAAAUAACCAUUCCACCGUUACAGAAUUUCGUGAUGAACCGUGUCAGCGGAGAUCAUUUCGAAAGUUUGCUGUACAAUGUGUUUGUUACCGCGGAUGAGCAGUCAACUAUGGCCGAGCUUUCUCAAAUUUUGCAAGUUCCUCUGGACACUGUGAAGCAAGCUACUUCGCUGUUCUGUCGGCUGGGCUUUGCGAGACGCAAGCAGACAAACUUUACGAGCAAUAACGAACCUCAUGAGUCCUGGGAAAACGCCAAACGUGAUCAGCAGAUGCAACAAUCCGGAAGUACCAUACUUAAUUACCAUUCAAUGUUACUUAGCCCUGUUUCGGGUGAGAGCGAACAGAGUGAGCGAGAAGGAGAUCUAACGAUAGGUUCUUUGGACAGCCCCAGUCCGGGAGAUGACGUUCUGACAGAUUUCAGCACCCUUUCGGACGUUAAAUCGGAAGACAUACGGUCUCCGGACGCGAAGAGGGUCGGAUUCGUUUUUGAUUCGACGCUUACUGCAUUUCUUAUGAUGGGGAAUCUUUCUCCCGGGUUGAAGACGCAUGCCGUGACACUUUUCGAAGUUGGCAAGCUGUGCGAUGAAGGAAUGAACGAGUUCCUUCUCGAGCUGGAGAAAGUAUCCAUCCUGGAUGCAGAUGGGGAGGGAGAAGUUAGUCGCUAUUUCCACCAUGCCAUAAUUUUACGAUCGACGAUUGUCGCUCUGAAAAAUAUCCUCAACACGGAGCUGGAUCUUCUCCGACUCGAAAGUUUGGAGGCGCUCGAUGUGAAGAUCAGAAACCGUCUCCUGGAAAAGAAAUACAAAUUCCUCAUAGCAGCCGCGCCACUUUCCGGCGUUCUGUCGGCUCCGUACACCAUUCCGUUUUUUGGUCAAUUUUACCGAACUUCAACCAAUUCUCACAUCUGGUCCAAAUUGUUUUACUACCACAUGAGCGGAUAUGGUCCCCCGAGCCUGCUAGUCACCAAGGGAACCGUCCUAACCCAUCUGCCUCGGUUGUUUCUCGGCUACGGGAAACUGCUGAUCACAAUCGUCCACACGGAGUCAUUCGUGCUGAAUUCGGAGAAGUUUGUCACGUUGAAUGAACAUCUCAGGAACGGGUGCGUACUUAUGCAGGGAUACGGAAUUAAGGAGCCCGCGGAAAUGCAUUACGAGGUGUUUCCGUUCGGUGCCAACGAGCGCAGCUUGGCGUGGGGACGCCAUUCGGCCAUUCGAAAACUGGCAAGGGUGCUGGAUUUGGAACGCAGCUUCGGUUACGUGACGUUCGUUCGGACCGGUGUGCCGGAUUAUGGUUGUGAUAACUACGAUGUCAAUGUUCAUCUGGUGAGCGAUAAAGCCAAAACCGACAGGGAAAAGAACAAAAAUCCAUUGGGGGCCGAUACACGUCCGAAGCCGACACGAUCAAACACGGUCGGCUCGAUAACAUCUAUCGAAAGUGAUGAUGCCAGCUUGAUCGAGGACAUUCGGCGGAUACGUGACAUGAACGAAUGUCCGGAUACUAAGCAAGCGGAUGGCACUCAGUGGGAAGUGGAUGAACAGCUUGUUCUUGAGCUGGCCGAGGCCAGUCGGAACGAGGACUCGGAUUCGGAUGGGCGGGAAAGACUGGAAGGGAAUCGAAUGGAGGAAUGGACUCUACUGGAUGUCCACUUCGGGAUUCCGCUUUUCGACGUCGACUGCAAUACCAGCAUAUGCCAAAAUGCUAUCAAAAAGCUUUGUUCCGAUGAGAACAUUUCGAAUAUCCAAGAGGUCAAUUCACAGAUGGAAAAGCGCUACCUGAAAUUUAUUUCCCAAUGCAUGUACUUCGAAGACGAAAGUAUGGAAUUAGUGAAACCAGGCAAACUUGUACCAAAACCGCGCUUCAGCUUGGUCUUUGAGAAUGGCAAAAUCAGCUGCUGGAAUGGAAAGUAGAGAAGAAUUGGAAACAAAUUGAACACAUUCCCGAGCCGCAAUCGAAACGUUGGUUCGUGAUAGACUACAUUCCAAAAACAAACUUUUUUUCUGUUGAGUUAAGCUAAAAUAUUGCUACUAAUCGCUUGAUAAGAUGUAGGAGAACAAUAUCCGUUUCAAUCGAAGCGACGAAUCAAAUAUGGUGAUGGGAAACGCAAUCCGUACUGAAAUAUAGCUAGUAUAUUUUAACGAGUAGUGCUGUAAAUAUGAGUCAAUUUUAACCAACUAAUGAUUUGAACGCUAAAAUAUAUACAUAUAUUUGGAACAAAAGGUCGGGGAAUUGGUUUCUUUCAAAGUUGAGAAUUUCGUUUUUGAGAGAGUCAAAUGUUCGUGAUAAUUUAUUUAAAUAAAUAAUUUGAUUGGUA